AUGGCUCUUACGCGUACGUCAUCCAUUAGCACCUCGGCUGAGCCACUAGACUACUGCGAGCGAAAGGGCAUCCUCCCGGAGGAGCAGAGCGGUUUCCGCCCACACCGGUCGACGCUCGACGUGCUGUUCGCCAUCCAGCGGCUCCAUGAGCUCGCGAGGAAGAAGAGUACUGCGGUGUUCGCGUGCUUCGUCGACCUCACCAAGGCAUACGAUUCGGUGGACCGAGACCUACUGUGGGACGUGCUCCGACGCUUCGGCGUGCCCCCGAAUAUGCUGGCGGUCGGAUGCAUCCUGGCCCCGCUGCUGUUCAANUAUGCUGGCGGUCGUUCGCCCUUCCACGAGGGCAUGAGGGCGCGCGUCCGAACGGACGACGGGCAGUACUCAGAAUGGUCCGAAGUGGGCCAAGGCCUCCGACAGGGAUGCAUCCUGGCCCCGCUGCUGUUCAACUUGUUCUUUGCCGCGAUGCUCAUGGUCGCCGUGGCCGAGUUCGACAAGGACCCCAAGGUGACGGCGGACAUGGUCAAGAUCGGGACACUGGUGGAGUACACGGGCAAGAAGGGCAGGUCGGCAGGGAUGAAGACGACGGUGGUGACGGAAUCGGAGGCCCUGUGGGCCAUGCUCUACGCGGACGACGCGGCCAUCGUCUCGCGCUCGCCGGAUAGUCUCGAGAAGAAGAUGAUGUCGGUCAUCAUGCGCGUGGCCGGCCUGUUCGGAGUGAUGGUAUCGGAGCCAAAGACGGAGAUCGUGUGCAUGCUGCCGAAGGGGAUCGACGAACGCCCGUUCACGGUCAGCGCCGCCGGCCAGACAGACGUACGAGCAGACAGAUCGGUUUGGGUACCUCGGACGUACCAUCUCCGCGGACAGGAAGGCCAACCGGAAGAUCACGUGCCGCAGCUGGCGAGCGUGGAAGUGCUACCGCCGGAACAGUGCUUCGAUGUACGACAGGCGAUGGGCCGACCGCCAGCUCAAGAUCCGGCUACUCCAGGCUGAAGUGGUGGAGACUCUCCUAUAUGGGUGCGCCUCGUGGAGCCUAACAGCGGAGCACUACACGAAGCUCAAUGGGACCCCCCGCCAGUUCCUUGCGCGAUGCAUCAGCUGGAGCAAGCGGAAACGAUCAGACCGCCCUCUGUGCUUUGCCCAGGCCCUCAUCCAGGCAGGCUGCGACGAAACCAUCGUGGCCACCGUGCGCAAGACUGUGUUUCGCGGGCUUUGUUAUGCGCAUAGAGGACAACCGCCUCCCCAAGCGCAUGCUGUUAGGAGCGAUGGCGGGGGGCGUGGGAUACCGGGGCGGGCAGGAGAGCGACUGGGUGUCUCGUCUAGGAGAGGACCUCGUGGCCUUCAACAUGGGAGACGAAAAGGAAGGGGGUAAAUGGAAAGAGAGCGCCAAGGACCCGGAGGUGUGGUACAACAAGGUCGAGGACGGGGCGGCAUGGUUCAUGAGGAAAUGGCACAGGCAG